AUGGCCAUGGUGCAGGGCGUCGCCGAGUACUUGCACCUCUUCUUGGCUCUCCUCGUGCUCCCUCUCCUGCUGCUCAAGGUGGCGAGGGCGAGGCGUGCGAGCGGCAAUGGCGCCGGCCAGCUGAGGCUUCCGCCGGGGCCGUGGCUGCUGCCGGUCAUCGGCAGCCUGCACCACCUUCUGGGCAAGCCCCACGUGCACCGCGCCAUGGCGGAGCUCGCGCGCCGGCACGACGCGCCGCUCAUGUACCUCAAGCUCGGGGAGGUCCCCUUCGUGGUGGCCUCGUCGCCCGACGCCGCCCGCGAGAUCCUCAGGGCGCAGGACGCCAACUUCGCGUCGCGGCCGCGGAGCCCCACCCUGCGCGUCAUGAUGGCCGACGGCGAGGGCCUCGCGUUCGCGCGCCACGGCGCGCACUGGCGGCGGCUGCGCAAGAUCUGCGUCCUGGAGCUGCUCGGCCCGCGGCGCGUGCGGUCGUUCCGCCGCGUCCGGGAGGAGGAGGUGGCGCGCCUCCUCGCCGCCGUCGCCGCGCGGGCCGGGGACGGCGACGUGAACGUGAGCGAGCGCGCCGCCGUGCUGGUGACGGACACGACGGUGCGCGCCAUGAUCGGGGACCGGUUCGAGCGGCGGGACGAGUACCUGGAGGGCGUCGCCGAGGUGGGCAAGCUCCUCCUCGGCUUCAGCCUCGGCGACCUGUUCCCGUCAUCGCGGCUAGCCAACCUCGUCAGCGGCACGGCGCGCCGCGCCGAGGCCAACCACCGGAAGAUGUUUGAGCUCAUGGACUGCGCCAUCAGGCAGCACCAGGAGAGGAAGGCCGCCAUGGACAACGACGAGGAGGACAUCUUGGACGUGCUGCUACGGAUACAGAAGGAAGAAUGCCACGGCGUCCCGCUUACCAUGGGUGAUGUCAAAGACACCAUACUUGAUCUAUUUGCUGCGGGUACGGAGACAUCAACAGCAUCGCUCCAAUGGGCCAUGUCGGAGGUCGUGAGAAACCCAAGAGUGAUGCAAAAGGCACAAGCCGAGCUGCGCAACAAGCUUCAAGGGAAGCCAACGGUCACCGAAGAUGACUUGGUUGGCCUCACCUACUUCAAGCUUGUCAUCAAGGAGACCCUAAGGCUACACCCAGCCGCGCCGAUGCUUAUCCCGAGGGAGUGCGGGGAGUCGUGCAAAGUGUUAUGGUACGACGUGCCCACGGGAACCAACGUGCUCGUGAACGCAUGGGCGAUCGCCAGGGACCCCAAGUAUUGGGACGACGCGGAGUCGUUCAAGCCAGAGCGGUUCGAGAAUAGCAAGUUUGACUGCAGGGGCACCGACUUUGAGUACAUACCAUUUGGGUCCGGACGAAGGAUGUGCCCUGGACCGGCGUUCGCGCAUGCCAUCGUGGAGCUCGCGCUCGCCGCGUUGCUGUAUCACUUCGACUGGGAGCUCCCCGGUGGAGCUGCGCCGGGGGAGCUGGACAUGGCCGACGAGACGGGCGUCGUCGUUCGCCGGAAGAACGACCUCUGCCUGCGUCCGGCCGUCCGUGUGCCGCCGCGAGCUGCCAUGAGCGGCCAUGGUGCCACUGAUGGCAGUGCGCUGCAUGUGUGCUAGCCUAGCGUUAUGUGAAAAUGUAACCUGGUCGGUUGGAUCGCAUGAGUGAAAUGCUAAAUAAAAUGGUCAAACUGGGACUUGGUAAUUUGAUGGUUGGUGUGUGAUUAAUGAUGCAAGGAGAA